AUGAUUGAAUUACAUGUAUGGGGACAUGAUUCCAGUAUAUCUGUUAUAUCACCGGAGUGUCUAGCUAGUUCGUGGCUUCUCAAUUUGCACUUGAAACCUCAAAACAUACCGUUCAAGAUCGUAACUUCAUCGAACACAAAUUUGUCCGAAACUGAUAAGCUCCCUCUUUUGCUAGUGCCUAACGAUGAAUCUACUAAUGAUCGUUACGAAGGAUUUCAAAAUAUCUCCCAGUAUAUUUCUAGGAACUUUAAUACGGAAUACACCAGUGAAAAUGACGUUAAGUAUUUGCCGAAUCAGAAAUUAUCUUCGGCUGAACAAAAGCUAAUCAAUAGUAGUUUGACGUCCUUUAUUGAAAACAAAAUCCAUAACAUUAAUCAAUACAAUUUAUAUAUAAACACUAAGAACUAUGAAAAGUAUACUCGGAAAUUAUUUCAGAAAUUUUUCCCUUUUCCAAUGAUGUACAAUCAACCACUCAAAUUUUACCAUGCUGCCCAAAGACAAGUUCAAGUUAUAGGAUUAAACUCCAACAAUCCAGGGUUCUUUAGUAUAUCCGGGUCUGAUGCAGUAGCUCAAACAGAAUAUUUCAACGACGAAAACGACGAUGAAGAUGUCGAGGGUGAUCCAGUUGCUAUAAGUUCAUUGCAUGAGAAGCAAUUAUUAGCAAAAUCUAAACGUAAAGAUUUGUUAAAGGAAUCAAAAAAUUCUUUAAAAUGCUUGAACCUAGUGAAUGAGUACAUCGACUACAUUGUUCUGUUAUACCAGGAACUCAAUGCAUCUAAUAAGCCUGAUGAAUUUUCAUAUCUAUUUUCUAAUACCAAAGAUGGACCUUCUAAUGCCAUAUCUUCCUCCGAAUUACUACUAUUUGCCUACAUACACUCACUUUGUCUUCCUGAGCUUCCUGACAAAUUUAUUGCCAAUUAUCUAACGUUGAAAUAUCCAAAAUUCCUUGCAUUCAUAUACGACACUACAACCAAGUUGAACGAACGUUUAUAUAAGGAUAAAUCGAUUUUCCGUGAACCCCAAGGAAUUGAAGUUCCUAACUUAUGGAACGAGUUAAAAUAUUCAACCGGAUAUGUUAAAUACUAA